ACCCACGAAACCACGCACCCUGCACGGCCACGCGCAAAGGUCCCGAUCUGAACUACCAAAAGGCCGGGUCUAUAAGAUAAGUUGUGAAUGCAGUGAGCGCAGGGCGACCCUUCCCCAUCACGCACUGACUGCACUGCUGCGGGACACAUGGUGACAACACAGCACACUGCUGCGGUACAUGGGCGUGGUUCUCGCCGCCUGAUCACAGAUGGCUGCAGCAGGGCGCAGGCGUCCAGUAGGCGGCAGGUGACCCGGCGGCGGGUGUGCGGCUAGCUGGAUGUACGUUUAGUGUGUAUAGGAGGCUCAGGCCUCAGGCAGCUCAGCAGCGUCCCAGCCAGGGGGGGCGGGGGCCUGUAGCCGGAUGUCCCGCCCCCGCCGCAGCGGAAGUGUGCUCAGGUGCCGAGAAGCCGGUUAUCAUCAGCAGCAGAGCACACCGCACGCCUGGGAGCCAUGUCCCAUCCUGCCCCCAGCCACAGGCCGUCCAGCUCCGUCAACCCUCUGGUGUUCUUCGAUGUAGAGGUGGGAGGCGAGCAAGUUGGUCGCAUUGUGUUGGAGUUAUUUGCGGAUGUGGUCCCCAAAACAGCAGAGAAUUUCCGAGCGCUGUGCACUGGUGAAAAAGGUGUUGGACAGACAACCGGAAAGCCUCUACAUUUUAAAGGAUGUCCUUUCCAUAGAAUAAUCAAGAAAUUCAUGAUCCAGGGUGGAGAUUUCUCAAACCAAGAUGGAACUGGGGGUGAAAGUAUAUAUGGAGAGAAAUUUGAGGAUGAAAACUUCCAUUACAAGCAUGAUAAGGAAGGUCUACUCAGUAUGGCCAAUGCGGGCCCAAACACUAAUGGAUCUCAGUUUUUCAUCACAACAGUGCCCACACCCCAUUUAGAUGGGAAACAUGUGGUAUUUGGGAUGGUUCUCAAAGGCUUUGGCAUUGUUAAAAUGUUGGAAAAUGUCGAAAUUAAGGGAGAAAAGCCUAUAAAGCUGUGUGUAAUAGCAGACUGCGGAGAGCUGAAAGAUGGCGAUGAGUGGGUCGUGGCGCCAUUGGAUGGCUCUGGCGACACCCACCCUGACUUCCCAGAGGACUCGGAUGUUGAAUUAAAUGAUGUUGAAAAAAUUGUCGGUAUAGCAGAAGAUGUCAAAAACAUUGGCAAUACCUUCUUCAAAUCUCAGAACUGGGAGAUGGCUACAAAGAAGUACAACAAAGCUCUCAGAUAUGCAGAAAGCUGCAAAGAUGUCACUGGAGAUGACAACAUAUCAAAGUUAAAUCCUAUUGCUGUUAGCUGUAAUCUGAAUAUUGCUGCAUGUAAACUGAAAAUGUGUGACUUCAGAGCAGCCAUUGAGAGCUGUCAUGAGGCUCUGGAAAUUGAUCCGUCUAACACAAAAGCACUUUACAGACGGGCCCAGGGCUGGCAGGGUUUGAAAGAUUAUGAACAAGCAUUGGAGGAUCUUAAAAAGGCUCAUGAGUUAGCGCCUGAGGAAAAAGCUAUCAGCAGUGAAAUCCUUCGAGUCAAGCACAGAAUUAAAGAACAGAAGGAAAAGGAGAAAGCUGUAUAUGCAAAAAUGUUUGCAUAAGUGUUUACAAUGAAAUGGGCAUGCAGUGUAUGGAGAACUACGACAUCUGGGCGCAAAGGAUCUGCAAGAAGACUUGCUUACAGAUAUUAAACCAAAAAGAUUUUCGUAGGUUUCAACCCAGGUGUCUCAUGUUUACAAUUUUUUUUUUUUUUUUUUAGUUAUGACCUCCUUUCUUUUAUUGUCCUUUGUGACACUGCAUGAACUAUGCAACAAGUGGAAUGUGCAGUGUGUUUGUUUUUGUUUUUUUCAUAUGCGAGUUAGCUUCUGUUAGUUUCCAGCAGUGAAGCCACUAAUGCUUGCUUGUUUUAUUCUCUGUAACCGCGAAAGGAUGGUGCUUAUUGCUUCCUGUGUAACAUUUUGGAGAACAUAGCGGUUCUGUUUUAUUGUGUGUUCUUUCUUAAACCUGAGAGAAUAAACGGUUUACUGUCCUUCCUA